AUGUUGAGCCGAAUAAUGAGUGGCAGUAUCCGGAAUCUAGAUAGAGAAUACGACUGCACCGUCAGACUCCUGGAUGAUACGGAAUAUACCUGCACAAUUCAGCGGGAUGCUAAAGGACAGUAUCUGUUCGACCUCAUCUGCCACCACCUGAACCUACUGGAGAAGGACUACUUUGGCAUCAGAUAUGUGGACCCAGACAAGCAGCGGCAUUGGUUGGAGGUCACAAAGUGUAUUGCCAAGCAGAUGAAAUCCCAGCCUCCGUUCACCAUGUGUCUCAGAGUCAAGUUUUACCCCCCUGAUCCCGCUGCUCUCAAAGAGGAAAUAACCAGAUAUUUAGUCUUCCUGCAAAUCAAGAGAGAUCUGUACCAUGGCCGCCUCCUGUGUAAGACAUCGGAUGCUGCAAUGCUGGCUGCCUUCAUCCUGCAAGCUGAGAUUGGGGACUAUGACCCUGGGAAACAUCCUGAAGGAUACAGCUCUAAAUUCCAGUUCUUUCCAAAACAUUCAGAGAAGCUGGAGAGACGAAUCUCAGAUAUACACAAGACAGAAUUGAUUGGCCAGACACCUGAAACAUCAGAGCUGAACUUCCUCCAGAAAGCCCAGAUGCUGGAGACAUAUGGUGUGGAUCCUCAUCCAUGCAAGGAUGUAUCUGGAAAUCCAGCCUUUCUUGCCUUCACCCCGUUUGGAUUUGUCGUGCUUCAGGGAAAUAAGAGGGUUCAUUUCCUCAAGUGGAAUGAGGUGACUAAACUGAAGUUCGAGGGAAAGAUAUUCCAUAUAUAUGCAAAUCAGAAGGAGGACAAAAAGAUCAUCUUGACAUACUUUGCACCAACACCAGAGGCCUGCAAGCACCUGUGGAAAUGUGGAGUGGAGAACCAAGCCUUCUACAAGCUGGAGAAGUCGAGUCAGGUGCGGACAGUGUCCAGCAGCAACCUGUUCUUCAAGGGGAGUCGUUUCCGCUACAGUGGACGAGUAGCGAAAGAAGUGAUGGAGCAGAGUGCCAAAAUCAAACGAGAGCCUCCAGAAAUACACAGGGCUGGCCUGGUUCCCAGUAGAAGCUGUCCGUCCAUAACUCAUGGCCCGCGCCUCACCAGUGUUCCACGCACCCGCCGGAGAGCUGUCCACAUAUCCAUCAUGGAGGGUCUGGAGUCGUUGCGUGACAGUGCCCACUCUACGCCUGUGCGCUCUGUGUCCCAUGGGGACUCCUUCAUGCCGCGCUCCCGCAGCCUGGCCACGAACGCCAGCGAGGGCUCUGCGGUGAUCUCUGACGAGGCCUACAGCCCCUCUGACAGUGUGCUGCCCACCCCCGUGGCGGAGCACAGCCUGGAGUUGGCCGUGGCACGCCAGGUCAAUGGAACCCCCUGCAGCAUCGAGGAGGAGAAGGAGUCGGAGGCGGGCACCCCCUCUGUGGGGGAGGCAGGCGACUUGACAGACAGUAGAGCGGCGGUAGAGGGUGCAGGGGGUGCCUCGUCGCUCAGCGAAGUGGAACAGGUGAAUAAGUUUGUUUUAAGUGUCCUCCGUUUGCUCCUUGUGACCAUUGGACUCCUCUUUGUCUUGCUCCUCCUCCUCAUCGUCCUCACCGAAUCCGACCUUGACGUUGCAUUUUUACGUGAUAUCCGCCAGACCCCCGAAUUUGAGCAGUUCCAUUACGAAUACUUUUGUCCCCUCAGGCGGUGGUUUGCCUGCAAGCUCCGCUGGGCGGGCAGUUUGCUCAUUAACAAAUGA